AAGCAAUCUACGAAACCCCAAUACCAAAGUCCUCCCCAAUCGGACUCAUCACUUUGACAACUCAUCGAAUCCAAAUUUCUUCCAUCUUCAUCAUUAUUCAAAACCCCUUUUUCGUUUCUACCUUAAUCUUUCAUUCAGUUUCAUAUUAACCCUCAGAUCAGAGCAGAUCGUAGGGCUUUCAAAAAAGAAGGUUUACAAUGUUUUCGCGAAUGUUUGGCAAACCUAAGCCAGAAGCUACAACUGUAACAACCCUAGACAAACUAAAUGAGACACUUGAAAUGCUAGAGAAGAAAGAAAAGGUACUUUUGAAGAAAGCUGCUGCUGAGGUUGAAAAGGCGAAGGAAUUCACUAGAGCAAAAAAUAAACGGGCGGCAAUACAAUGUUUAAAGCGAAAGCGACUUUAUGAACAGCAAGUUGAACAGCUUGGCAAUUUCCAAUUGCGUAUUCACGAUCAGAUGAUAAUGCUUGAAGGUGCAAAAGCUACUACGGAGACUGUGGAUGCCUUGAGAACUGGAGCUAAAGCAAUGAAGGCAAUGCAAAAGGCGGUGAAUAUCGAUGAUGUUGACAAGACAAUGGAUGAGAUAAAUGAGCAAACAGAAAACAUGAAACAAAUUCAGGAAGCAUUAUCAGCACCUAUUGGUGCUGCAGCUGAUUUUGAUGAGGAUGAGUUGGAGGCUGAACUUGAAGAGUUAGAGGGAGCUGAGUUGGAGGAACAGCUUCUACAGCCUGCAACAACUGCACCUGCAGCACCAGUGUAUGUGCCAGCCGGAAGACAACAAACACGUCCAGCUCCCCGCCAGAACACAGCUGAGGAAGAUGAACUUGCUGCAUUGCAGGCCGAAAUGGCACUUUAAAGUUUCAACUCCCACUUGGAAGAAUUUGUAAAGACCGGGUGCUCAAACAUUGUCGGUAUCAUAUCAGUUCGUUCACAUCAAUACAUAUUGUUUGUGUGAUAAUAUGAUCAACAACUUUUAUCUUAUGUGGAACGGAAAAUUAUCCUUUAUCCCAGUAUUUACGUUUGUUAUCGGCUUUUUUUAAAA